AUGAAGCUCCUUUUUCCUAUCUUGGCCAGCCUCAUGCUACAGUACCAGGUGAACACAGAGUACUUUGGCUUGAGAAGAUGUCUAAUGGGUUUUGGGAGAUGCAAAGACUACUGUGCCGUGGGUGAAACGGAGAUACAGAAAUGCAAGAAGAGGAAAUGUUGCAUUGGACAGAAAGUGGUUCAAAUGAUAAAAAACUACAUGCAAAAUGAAAUGUCCCACACACUUGAAGGGAACUCCCAAGAACACCUACAAGUUACCAAGAAUUCUGAUGCUUCGAUCCAAACAAAAUACCAAAUUUUAUCUCUUCUCCCCAGAACCAAAAGCAUCAGCCCUUUUGCCAACGUCCACCCCCUCCUCAUCCCAAAUGCCACCACUGUAAACUCAGCCAUCACCAACCCUACAACCUCAUGCAAGAUCACAUACACUACAAUUUCUGCCAAGAACGACACCACAGAAAGCAGAGAUUUGGCCACUGACUCCUCACCACCAGCACCACCGCCACAGACACUCUCAACACCAGGACUGGAACCGGAGGAAGCAGAUGACCAGAGGAGUCUUUCCCUUAAAACACCAGGUUCCUCUCCAUCUUUGCUGGCUGUAAAAUGA